UGCAUGAACAAUGACACCGUUCCUUGCAGCCACUAGUCGUCCCGGUGCGGUGCAGCCAUACUGUCCGAUUCAGCCUUGCUCUGUGCGGGCAUUCAAAGAAGAUGCUGAGGCCUGCCAGUCCCGCAACACAUCGAGCAUUAACCCGGGGCUGUUAGGCUGGUCCGGGCUAUGGCUGCACCCAUAGCGCAUUUCGACGACGUCUGGCCGGUUCUCGGUGAUCUGAGCAUGGUUUCAGACCAGAGGCUGCUCCCGCAGAAAGGCCGUCUGGCCGCCGCGGGGGAAGCGAUCGCAGCCCCGCAGCUCCUCCCGGAUAAUCAUGAUGAUGAUGAUACCCAGGACAGCAGCUUCUCCGGUGCUUUCAGAUCCAUGGAGGAGCUGGUCAACGAUUUUGACGAGAAGUUGUCAGUGUGCUUCCGAAAUGUAAACGCCAGGACGGACAGCAUCGCUCCUGUGAGUGUGAUCGCCGAGGACUCGCUGCUGGAGAAAGACCAGAUCUGGAACGUGUUGACCACUAACUAUGGGCAAGUGAUGCCGGUGGACUGGAAACAGUCUCGAACGCGCUCCCUCCACAUCCACACAUUCAACCUGGAUGAGAAACCUAUGAAGGCUGAUGUCACGGCAGAGCUGUCAGACGAUGAGGAGCUGAGGGAGCAGCUGGACAUGCACUCCAUCAUCGUUUCCAGCCUCGCAGAUGAGCCGAUUUUCACAGCAGAGCAGGUUAUUGAGGAGAUAGAGGAGAUGAUGCAGGACUCUCCUGACAUGGAGGCAAGGCACGAUCCCUCCCAGUCUGACCUCUCGAUGCUCUCCCUGGACGUCCGGCGGGCCACCAGCAGCCCCACCUACGAGAUGAGGGUGAGGACCAUGACUGUCGCAGAGCUGAAUGAACGUCUGGAGGAGACGGAGACGAACAUCAGGAGGUUCUCAGAGGAGCUCGUACAGCAGCUGGCUCUCAGAGACGAGCUGGACUUUGAGAAAGAGGUGAAGAACAGCUUCAUCUCUGCCCUCAUCGAUGUACAAAACCGACAAAAGGAGCACCGGGAUAUGCUGAAGAAGAAGAAGAAGAAGCAUAAAGGAGGAGCUGGGACAUCGCACGGCAAUGUGGAGAAGACGCUCGGACAACGCUUCAGCAUGGAGGGACUGUCUUCUGUCAUUCAGAAUGGUUUCCGGCAAACUUUUGGGAGCGGGUGCAGUGAAAAACAGUAUUUGACUACAGUCAUCCCUUAUGAGAAAAAAGGACACCCUCCUUCACUCGAGGACCUCCAGAUCCUGACUAAGAUUCUACUCGCUAUGAAAGACGACAGUGACAAGGUGCCCAGUCUCUUAACAGACUAUAUUCUCAAAGUGCUAUGUCCGACGUAGACCACAAGGACGGUACCUAACACUACAGAUAGUUUACCAUGGCAACAGGAUGAAGAGGACUCAUUGCUUUUUUUUUUCAAACACAAAGCACACUUAGUUUAUUCCUGCAUGUUUUACCUCAGAUUUGUCUUUUUCUGUCCUGUCAUUCAUUUAGUUGUGUUUAUUUUGUGUUGAGCAUUUUGUGAUUUUGCAAACCUCGUGUGACCAUGUGAAGUCUGACUUCCCUUCAGUGUGUUUUUUUUAUUUUCUUGCACUGUAAAAGAACAUCAUAAAAAUGCUUAAUUCCAUGAGAAACAUACCCAGAUAGAUAGAGUCUGGAAGCUGAGCUUUGCUUGCUGGUUUUAAGUAAGAGCAGAGCGACAAUGCAAAGGGCUUUGUGUUUACUGUAUGUGAAGUGCUUAAGUAUCCACUGAGCGACGAACAAAUGCACAAAGCACGUCAAGGAAAAGAAGAAGAAA